AUAGAUAGACUAUAGUCCACCUAAUAACGGCUAGAAAAUUAUAUCAAAAGCAUUGCUAAAAAUAAGUCGUGUGCAGCUUUCUGCUGAAAUUGAGACUGGAAAAUGCUUAAGUCUCUGGCUUGACAUGACACCUGACACCAUAUUUGGCCUGAAAUGACAUAUCGCCGCCAUUUUUAAAUCUGACAUGAGUUGUAUUUAGUUAUCAAUCAAUGCCCUCUCCUUGAUGGCUGACGGAAAUCUAGUGGAUGAUAACUAGUCUUUAAAUUUGCUCUUGCUGCUCAUAUGUAAGGUAUUAAGACACCCUCAAGGAGUUAUUCCUAGAAAAAAUGCCGAUUCUUGAGAAUGUGAAUCCAGAAAUUCACCAGAAAGCGAGUGCGCGCGAGAUAACUCAUGCCGAAGAAGACGACGAUGUUGUGGACGAGAUAGACGGCAGAGAAAUAUUUGAUCUUAUCCGUAACAUCAAUGAUCCGGAGCACCCACUGUCCCUGGAGGAGUUAAAUGUGGUAGAGAAUUCUCGUGUACAUGUGGACAAUGCACAAAACCGUGUGAUGGUGGACUUCACUCCCACCAUACCUCACUGUAGUAUGGCCACGCUGAUAGGACUGUCCAUAAGAGUGAAGUUACUCAGGUCUUUACCCAACAGGUUUAAGGUAGAUGUUAGAAUCACCCCAGGGACCCAUGCCUCAGAGGAAGCAGUGAACAAGCAGCUGGCAGACAAAGAACGUGUUGCAGCAGCCUUAGAAAACAGCCACCUGUUAGAAGUUGUCAACCAGUGCCUGUCAUCAAACAAGACAUCAUCAGAGUGAGGAGGUGUCAUGGGUGACUCUGUGACAACAUGGUUGCCAUAGGUGACAAGAUGAUAACAGUGAUAUACUUGGGCAGCAUUAAGUGACAUUGGUGACAGUGUGACAUAUUUGCGUGGGCGAAAGUUGUAAAUAUUGAAAAUUCUGAAAGCGUAGUUUGCAAUUUCUGAUUGCAUUUAGACCAUUUGAAAAAGAAUGAUCAAAAUGAAGACUGAAAAUCCUGCAACCGGGCAUAAUCCUGAAAACUUUCACUCAAGUAUUUGACAUAUUGACAGUAUAAAGUAAUAUUGGUGAAAAAAUAGACCGGUGACAAAAUGGCAAAUUAGAGCGCCAUUGUUGACAAGAUGACAUCUUUGAUACAAUGGAAGAUGGUUGACACUGUGACACUUGUGACACUGUGGCUAAUUGGCCUGACUAUGGUGACAAACUUGUUGCUGAAUAUCUGAGUUCAAUAAGCAUGCACAUGCAGAAGUUUAAAAAUGAAGUAGCUGGUACUCAGCUCUGCUUAGAUUUGAGAGAUAACCUAAAUUUUGGACAGUGAAUCUUCUUAGGUCGUUGAUUUGGUUGCUGUGAAAAUUUUAUUUUUCACUUGACAGAACAAUGUGCGACUUUCAGUAAAACUCAAAAAACUAUAUCCGGUGAAAGAAUCAGCUCUGAUGUGAUAUUUAAUCAAAUUUUCAGAAGUACAGCAAGCAGGUUCUAAUGGUUUCUUUGUGGAUUUUAGCAUACAUCAUUUUAAUGCAUCGCGUUUUAGUUUGCAUAGAUCAUGCAUUCUUGUUAAGAGAGUUCACAAAAGUGAAAAUGUUUCGUUUAGCG